UUUUCUUAUAAAUUCAAGGGUUUUCUUCAAGAUCCAAAAAUGGGUGAUCUUGAAAAUGAUCAUAUUGUCGAAGUUCCCACCUUUUUUCUGUGCCCGAUUUCGUUGGAGAUCAUGAAAGACCCUGUAACGCUCUCCACCGGAAUCACAUAUGAUCGUGAUAGUAUCGAGAAAUGGUUGUUUUCUCACAAGAAUGACGUUUGUCCAGUAACCAAACAAGUGGUUGUCGAUAUCGAGCUCACUCCAAACCACACCCUUCGACGAUUUAUCCAAUCUUGGUGCACCCUUAACGCAUCUUCGGGUGUCGAAAGAUUCCCAACGCCACGGAUUCCGAUCUCCAAAACUCAAAUCCUAAAGCUCCUCAAAGAUUCGAAGUCUCCAAAGUUGCAAAUCAGUAGUUUGAAGAGAUUGAAAACGAUUGUUAUGGAGAGUGAGAAGAACAGGCGGUUGAUGGAGUCAGUAGGAGCAGCUGAUUACCUAGCGUCCAUGAUUUCAAGAAACGUCAAUAACAUUAACGUUACGUCAUCAUCACCGGCCGGAGAAGUUUCCGGUGCAGAUGGGAUUGAUGAAGCGCUUAGCAUUCUUUACCACCUUAAGCUAUCACCAUCUGGUCUGAAGUCAUUGUUAACUGGAGAUUUCGUGGAGACGUUGACGAGCGUGAUGCAACGCUCCACCAGUUUCGAAUCACGUACUUACGCCGUGAUGUUACUUAAAUCAAUGUUUGAGGUGGCGGAGGAGCCGAUGAAAGUGACGUYGCUAARYYCUCGRUUMUUCGAAGAGUUAGUACGAAUCUUGGUUGAUCAAAUCUCCCAAAAGGCAACAAAAGCAACACUGAAGCUGCUCAUCAACGUUUGUCCAUGGGGGCGGAAUAGGAUAAAGGGGGCAGAGGCAGGGGCGGUUCCGGUGUUGAUCGACACCCUCCUGGAUUGUACAGAAAAGAGAGUCCCGGAGAUGGCUAUUAUAGUUUUGGACCACCUUUGUCAGUGUGCGGAAGGACGGGCGGAUCUGUUGAAACAUGGCGGUGGUUUAGCCGUGGUUUCAAAGAAGAUCUUCCGUAUGUCGGCGGUGGGCAGCGAGAGAGCGGUGAGGAUAUUGUACUCGGUGGCGAUGUUCUCCGGCAACAGUCAUGUUCUACAAGAGAUGGUGCAGUUGGGGGCGGUGAGAAAACUUCUGUUGGUGUUACAGGUAGAUUGUGGAAUGAAGAUGAAGGAGAAAGCAAAGGAGAUUCUGAAGAUGCAUUCUAGGGUUUGGAAGAAGUCUUCUUGUGUUCCCAAUCAUUUGAUUUCUUCAUAUCCAUCUUAGAAACAAGAAUUUUCAUGAAAGAAAAGGGAAAUGAAUUUUAGAGUGAAUUUCCUUUUAGAAGAUAUGGGGGCAAAAGUUAGAUUCCCAUUUAGGGUUUUCUUUUAUUUUCUAGAGGAUUUUAUACUUAAUUUUUAAUUGGGGUUUUUAUGGAAAUCUGUAAAUCUCACUAAUUGGAUGAGUUACAAGUAGAUAACUACGAUAACUAUCAGUUCUGAUCUA